AUGGGUGGUGGCGGGGGUGGUCGAAGCAGAAGCAGCAGUGGAGAGGAUGACGGAGACGCCGAUUGGAGAGCCGCCAUCGAUUCCGUCGCGGCCACCACUUCUUUUAGCCGAUCCACCGCCAACGGUCUUGCCUCUACCUCCAACGGUUCAACGUCGAGUCGUAAAGUCCAUCCAGCCCAAAACGUUCAAUUAGAGAACCCCAAACCUCAACUCCUCAAACACUACCAGGUCAAGGCACAAAAAGUUCUGGAUGACAUACUUGAGAAGACCAUAGAAGUGGUGAGGGAUCCUGUUCAUGUCCCAGAUGAUGAUCCUGUGAUGGAUGGUGGUGGAAUUCGAUUGUUUAAACAUGCUCCCCCUGGGAUAAUAUUUGAUCACAUAAAUGAACUUCAAGGACCAAAAAAGAGGCCAAGGAUCCUUCCUGGAAAAGGGAUUGAUGAAAAAUCAACUAAGUUUAGAUGUCAACUCCGAUCAGUUGCUGUUGAUGGGAUGGAUAUAAUAGCUGCAGCAAGAGAUGCUGGCCAGAAAUCAUUAGCCAGACGACAAACUAGAGAUGCAGCAGCUAAAACAGCUGCUAAAAGAGAGGAAGAAAGAGUAGCAGAACUUAAAAGAAUUAGGGGAGAGAGAUGGCUACCUUCUAUAGCCAGAGAUAUGCAGAUUAAGAAGUAG